UAGUCUGCCUAUCUACCCAUCUGCUUACCUGUCAGUUUGUUUGCCCAUGUUCCCAUCUAAGUGCCUUUCUGCCAGCCCAUCUGCGACCCUGUCAGUCUGUCUGCAUGCGUGCAUGCCUCUCUGAAAUUGGGCCUGUCGGUCAGUCUGACCACUGUCUGCCAAUCCUUCCAGCAUCUGGCUCCCCAGCCCGCGGUACCAGAGAGGCUGAGCAUCCCCCCACUGCCUGCUGUUUUUCCAGCCCCUGUGCCUCAGUUCCUCUCCCUCAGCCCCUUCUGACCUGAAUCAGCCAGCCAUCUGGGCUGGGUAUUUCACGCCUGUGGACCAGGCUCUGGACAAUGCAUCCUGUGAGAGAGCAGAGCAGCGACAGCCCUCAGGAAGCUUCCAGUUCAGCUGCAGAGACCAGACGGGCACACUGACAGACCUCCAUCCCAACAGACACACAGAGCCAGGCACGUACACCGACUCUUACCGGGUGCCAUCGUCCAUCAAGCAGACAUAUGAGGAGCCGCCCCUCAAGGUCUGGGAGGAGAACAAGUUUGUGACCCAGGGCCUGACUCGAAUGGCGAUGAAGAAGCCGGUGGAGCUGAGGCCACUGGAGGGGGUGGCACAGCGGGCACUGAACCAGUUCGCCUCCCAACCCCCCACACCCAGCUCCGCCUACCUGCCCCAGAAGUACUGGAUCUCCGAGGCAGAAGAGAGGUUCAACCCCGUCUUGGUGAACGGGAACAGGUACGCGAUGUGGAGGACGGGACCCGACAACAGCGCCGGCUGGAAUCGCUACUCCUCUUACCUGCCGCCCCUGCCCAAGGGGCAGGAAGGCGGCAGGGAGAUGAUGUUGCAGCCGACGGCUCUGGAGUGCCCACCCAAACCCGAACGGCAGAACCACUACGGCUCCACAGCCCCAGGAGAGCGAGAGGCGGUGGUGAACAUGCUCAACACCCUGUCCCGAAGCCAACUGCCGUCCAUCCAGGUGCCCCAGCACGUCCCAGGCCGGCUGCCCUUCCAGGGCUAUGGCAGCCGCUGCACUGGACGCCACUACUGCCUGCGCGGCAUGGACUACUUCGUGGACGGACCGCCCCCCAGCAGGCGCCCUCUGGGCCAGCAGACUGUAAGGAGUGCCCCCCCAUUCAGCCUCAGGCCAGAGAUACCCUGUGCUGCCUCAACCCACCGUCCAUCAUCCUUCCCCUAUGCCAACCUUAAGUGGGAUUCGAGUCACUUCAAGUUUUGCGGCCCCCAGAAAAACAGCUUCAUCAUCCACCCGGACUUUGUGUCAGAAGCGCUGCCCCGGCCUUUGCCCUGCUGCUGGUAGAGCCUGCCUGCCCACCUGCCUUCCUGGCCAGUAUGGCCCGUGGGCCCCGGUGCGGAACCGAGCCUAAUAAACGACUCGCCACCAU